CUAGGACCAUCUCUCACAAACUUGCUAGACUAUCUUGAUGGUAUUCUAGGCGUGGGUUGCAGGGCGAUUCCACUGCACAAGUGACAAGACAAACCGUCCAUAUAUAUACAGACAUACACAGGACUCAAGAUGCUGAAUCUCAACAUCUUUCGGCUACUGGCCGAUCUCUCCCAUAUCUCUUCGAAGUGUGUCUUGAUAUGGGCCAUUCAUCGUAAUAAGAGCGCAGAAGGAGUCUCGCUACUCACGCAGAUGCUCUAUGCCCUGGUUUUCGUGACACGAUAUCUCGAUCUGUUUUCGAAGACUGGAUGGACGCACUUCUAUCUUGUGUUUUUCAAGCUCUUCUAUAUCAUAUCAUCGUUUUACGUUAUAUAUCUGAUGAUGAGGGUUUAUCCCCGAACACGGGAAAGGGAGCGGGCAUGGAAACUGGCCAUAAUAUCCGUCGCUCUUUCAUUGGUUUUGUCCCCCAUAUCCAUCGCCAUUUUCUAUCGUGGUUAUCCCGGACACUGGUUCACAGAGACUUGCUGGGCUUUCUCUAUCGUCCUAGAAUCCGUUUGUGUCCUCCCUCAAUUGUUGCUCCUGCGCCAGACCACCGUUCCGACCGUCAUCGAUUCGUACUACCUGGUUAUGUUGGGCUCGUAUCGUGCCUUCUAUAUUCUCAAUUGGCUUGUACGGGGACUCGGGUCCGAGGGCCACUGGGACGUGAUCGCAGAUGUCUACGGUGUCAUCCAAACCGCUUUCUACAUUGACUUCGCCUGGGUUUACUACUCCCGCCAGCGCGUGAAACUCCGAAAUGGAGGUGUUGUUGACUCGGAAGACUUCCGUAGCAGCUGGCUAGUGAACAAGGUUCUGAACUUCCGGCAGCGGAGGAGUACAGAUGAGGAGCAAAACCUGAAUGAGGGAGACGUGGAUGACGAGGGGGUGGCUGAUGGAGAUAGACCGAGAAACAACCGCUGGGGUGCGCGAGGAAUUUCUGUCUCCGCCGACGAUACGUUGGAAAAUCACCGGGGGGAUGGCCCGGGAACGGGCCAUGACGACGGUCUAGAAGGAUUCUUGGAAGAUGGUGAAGAUGACAGUUCGGAGUACAGAGGGGUUCCCCCGAAGCAGUCAGCUGGGGUAACGGGCAGUCACGAAUGAACUGUCCGCGCUCAAUGCCAUAUAUAGAAACCCUGCCGCAGAUCUGCCGGCUUUCUGGUUGCACGGUUCAAUGUACUAGGGGAAUUGUUUCCCUAGGGCCCCUGUCUCCGUUCCCGUUAUUUUCCCACUUUUUACUCGGCUUUGUCUGCAUGAAAUUUCUUUCACGUCAUCUGAUUCUCACAAUCUCAAAUCACUUUUUUGGAAUAUGUAGUAAUGCAGGAUCCAUGCUGAGUCAGGACUAGGGCAAUUGGAAUCCCGGUUCGAUCAAGCUGACAGUUAGAUUCUCCAAGAUUCAAGACAUGGGGAGGGAAGGGGAAUGUCAUGGUAGGGUCAAGAUGAGAUC